AUGGAAUAUUUUUUACGUUGCUACUUUGAACACUUUGAUGCUUUACCACGGAGUAGCUUACACGAUAGGAGAAAAAGGAAAUCUAUGGUAGAUUAUAUCAGCACACUAAUAGAAGCAUGUUCUGCAGUGGAAACAGAUAUACAAGAGACCUGUCGUCUAGCUGUACUAACUAUAAUUCGUUACCACGAGGAAAAGAGAGGCAGUAACGGAACUGUCUGUAUGAUGGGAAAGUACCAUAAUAUUCUAUAUGUUUCUGUCAAAAUUUGUUAUGAUUGGCAACUGAAGGAUGUCGAAAUAGUAUCUACGCUUCUGGAAACUAUUUACAAUUGCGAGAAAACAUUUGAGCGUAUUUUAAUUGGUGCUAUUUUCGGUAACAAGGCACCCCACUUCAUAGCAGGAUGGAAAUGCGAUUUUGACACGCAGGAAGAGAAUCUGAGGGCCGUUGUUUACUUCAUUGAUAAAGCAAAUGCUGCCGGUUUAGAAUUACCUUUCAGCGUCGAUGGUGAAGAGAAAUUGCUUCGUUUCAUCGAUUUGCCAAUCGAAAACUGUGGCAAGGCAUCUCCUCUGAGGGUUUGUGUCCAAUUGGGUCUACCAGAUAAACUUUCAAUACUCUUACGUUUUGGAGCAAGAGUACACAGCAGUGAUAAAGAAGAAUCUAACGUGUUUGAUCACAUCUUAAGUCGUCUUCUAGAAUUUAACCACGUUUAUCCUUACAACUUAGUAUCUUGUCUGCAACUGCUUCUAAGAGUGGUAUCUACUGUAACAAUAAGUACUAAUGAAAGUGUAAUCCUUGACGAGGUUAAAGGGGAUACAUUAGUGAACAUGAUAAAGGGAAAAUAUGCUGAUCUCAUAGAUGAUGGACUCCUGCCACCUUCAAGAUGUGGUUUGAUUCCUCCCGAACUGAAACACUUAUGCAGGUGUUGCAUAAGAGAAAGGCUUUGGCAGAAUUAUCAGUUACCUAAUGGGAUUAGAACUUUGCCAGUACCUGAAACCUUAUGGAGAUAUUUGGAUAUAUUAGAGGAUUAA